UCCAGCACACACACACACAUUCUGAAACUCAUGUGCGCCUUUUCACAUCUUUAAACACUGUAAUGUACAAACACAGAUCACUCUCUUCAUUCUGAACCCACAAACACUUCAACGGUGAAGCAAUAAACCGCGCGAGAUUUGGACAGGUGCAUCAUCAUCAUCAUCAUCAUCAUCCUCGGAAAAGUUUUCUUACCGACUGACUCCAAAUGCAUCACGACUGUCUGGACUUCAUACACCUCUUUUCCACUUUCUUUUCAAACAGACAAUGACACUGAUCACGCAAUGCGGGACAUGAUGCGGGAUCUUUUCUAAGCUGCUUUCGGCUCCAGUUAAAUAUGAGUCCAAAAUCUGUGAUGCUGAUGAAGAACACACUGCUCUUAUUUCAUGUGUUCAUGCUGUGCUGGACUUGUACAGAGUCUAGAUGUGCUGGUCGAGCGUGCAGCCCUCCUGUGGGUAACUUGGCGACUGGCAGAACCCUCUUCACGCUGACGCGCUGCUGCUCUAACGGCACUUCCUGCCAGCCACGCUGCCUAGCGGAGCGGCAUCCUCCUGACCUGAUGACCGAUGACCCGUUCCUUCAUCCAGACACCUGGUGGAGUUCGGCAGCGGCCAGUGGAGAGAAGGAAGAAAUCCGCCUUGACUUGGAGAUGCGCUUCUAUCUGAGUCAUGUUGUGAUGUUGUUCCGUUCCCCACGUCCCGCUGCGAUGAUCCUGGAGCGCUCGCAGGACUUCGGUCACACCUGGGAGAUUCUGAAGCUCUUUGCCAGGAACUGCACCGAGAUGUUUGGGGUCACCGAUGACGUGAGCCGUCCAGGAGCUCUCUGCACUUCCAGAUACUCCGGCGCGCUGCCCUGCAGCAGAGGAGAGAUCAUAUUCCGGUCCAUAGAUCCGGGAAAUGGGAUUUUCAACCCCUACAGUCCCAAGGCACUGUCCCGUCUGACACUGACUAACUUACGCAUACAGCUUCUAAAAUCUCAACAGUGUCCCAUCACUAAGAGACACCGGACGAGCUCCAGCAGGUCCCCGACCGCUCCACCACACAGUUCCCAUCUCUUGGAUUCGGCCCCUUUCGCUGUCUACUCUCUCCUGGCUAAAGGCACGUGUUUGUGUCAUGGCCACGCUGAAUAUUGCCUUCCUGAACAUGACGGGCAAGACAGACUGCAGACCAGCAAUGUGGUGUCUGGCAGGUGUGUGUGUGUCCAUCACACAGCAGGUGAACACUGCGAGAGGUGCGCCGCGCUCUACAAUGAGCGACCCUGGAGAGCGGCCGAUGGAAGCAGCGGGAAGAGUCACUCAUGCCACAAGUGUGAGUGUCAUGGUCACGCUGAGAGCUGUCACUUCUCGCAGCGAGUGUGGCAGUCCACAGGGGGCAGUAGUGGGGGCGUUUGUGACCGAUGCCAGCAUAACACUGUGGGCCGCCGGUGCCAGCGCUGUCGCCCGGGAUACCGCCGUCACCCUGCCAGACCCCUAAACUCCCCGCAUGCUUGCACACGAUGCUGGUGUGACCCAAUUGGCUCAGUGCCAGCACAUUCCAGCGACGAGACGCCAUGGUGCCAUCCCAGAAGCGGGCAGUGCCACUGUAAAGCUGGUGUGGAGGGCACCACCUGUAGCCACUGUCUGCCAGGGCACUGGGGCUUUGGACAGGAGGGCUGCAAACCUUGUGUGUGCCCUCUGACCUGUGACCCCAUCACAGGGCAUUGCCUAGACAGCAAAGGGAAUGUCAAGCUUUACAAUGUUCCUAUUGGUGGGGAAAUUCCUGAAGUGUCCCACUUGAAACCUCAAGAGGACGAGGGGGCGUGGCCUAAAGGACUGUCCGUCUCUGCACUGUACACCGGGAAGUGCAGCUGUAAGAAGAAGAAGUUGAAAAGUCUAUCUGAUCUUUGUGAGAUGAAAAAGCAUGCGUAUGUGAUGAAAGCCAGUGUGCUGUCGGCUCAUGAUAAAGGCACACACGCUGUUGUCCUGGUGAAGGUAAGAAAGGUGUUUCGUUUCGGGAAACUGUCUCUGUCUCAGGGCACACACAGCCUCUACCCGCUGUCCUGGACGCGCCGCGGCUGCACGUGCCCAAUCCUCAACCCAGGUGAGAAUUAUCUCCUGGCCGGUCCAGAGGAGGUGGACUCAGGAAGGCUGCUGGUAACCAUGCAGAGUCUGGUCGUGCCGUGGACAUCCACAUUGGGCUUCCAGGUCACACGCGCGCUGCACCAGAACUGCCAAUGAGAACGAGUUUACACAACACCAGCCAAACCUGAAAGCCCUUACAGACUCACAGAAAACAUGAACCAUGGCAGCCAGAUGCAACUGAAAUGGAAAGUGGGCAAUUACCAGGGGACACUUCAAAAACAAGUUAGGUUCACUGACUAGUCACUUGUCAAAACAAGCCCAAUUUGGACAAGGUUCUCCAAAAACAAAUUGAUUUCUGAUGCACAAGUACUGAGCAGAGCAUGGAUGAUCCAAGACUGAUGUCCUCAAAGAGUAUUACUUUAAGAAUAUUACGGCAGAGAAAUCUAUAGAUACAGUGACAAUGGAAGCAGCCAAUCCUCGAUUUACAUUAAUUUUUUUUUCUCCCCAAUGUGGAAUGCCCAAUUCCCAAUGCGCUCUAAGUCCUCAUGGUGGUGUAGUGAUUCGCCUCAAUCCAGGUGGCAGAGGAUGAAUCUCAGUUGCCUCCGCGUCUGAGAUCGUCAAUCCGUGCAUCUUAACACGUGACUUGUUGAGCAUGUUACCACGGAGAUGUAGCGCGUGUGGAGGCUUCAUGCUAUUCUCCACGCCAUCCACGCACAACUCACCACACACCCCACCGAGAGCGAGAACCACAUUAUAGUGACCACAAGGAGGUUACCCCAUGUGACUCUACCCUCCCUAGCAACCGGGCCAAUUUGGUUGCUUAGAAAACGAUACCCAGGCCCCCCUUGAUUAACAUUUUUAACCUCGUAAACUCUAUGGACCCACUGGCUUGCUUGGGGAAAUCAUCAAAAUUGCAGUGCAGUCCAGCAAAAAACAAACAAAAAAGUAUGAUAAAGAAAUCUUCAACAAAAUGUUAUCAACGAAUUAUAUAUAUAUAUAUAUCUGAGGAUUUCAACUUUCCAAUGACACCUAGAUUGAGCUUCUAGUCCAUUCAGAGGCAGAGAUAUUUGACAAAAGAGUGCAGAACAUGAAAAGAUCCAAAAUAGACUGGAUGUCUAUAGUGAGUGCUCAGCUGCGUUAGAGCGCCACCUACAUUUCAGAUCUGUAUAUUGUGAUGGAAGGUGACAAAAAUGUCCUAGUACUUGGAGCCAUCUAGUGGAAUGAAAUAAGACUUUUUGCAGGGAGAUGGAACAAACAGAACCAGAAUUACAUGCUUACAAAGUUAGGAUGAAAAAAGAAAUAUUGUUCAUAAUAUUGUAAACAAAUACAGUAUUAUUUAUAAAUGAUUUGGGAAAAAAAAAAUAUUUGGAGAGUUUUCUUUUCCUUUUUUUUUAAUUUUUUUUUUUAACGCCAUGCCAGCUU